GAUGGAAUCAAAAAAAUUGAGUAAAAUUAUUGAAUUAAUAUUUCUGUCCAUUGCAGUAAGAAUAAAAUUCUAAUAUAUUAAAGUGGUUAUCCGUGAUGGCAUGUUUAAUUAGAACAGAUUUUAAUUUCCCAUUUGCUUUUUUUUGCUAUUAUUUAUGGAUAUCAAGAGAUGACAAAGCUAAUUCUUUGAUGGUAAUCAAUUAUUAUAUUUAUAAUGUAGUUAAUGGUUUUGAAUGGAAUCCUCAUCUUGGUAGAUUUAAUAUGGCUUUUAUCAGUUGGAUCCAUUUGGACAGCAACAGAAAAAAAUAAUCCUGUCUGGGGACAUUUGCAUGGUCUUCAUGUCUUUGUUAUAUUUAUCAGUAUUGUAAAUGUCUUAUUGAAAGUAAUUUAAUUAAUUAUAUAAAUAGGUUGGUGCUAUUGCAGCCAUCAAUUCUUAUAGAGGAAAUUAAACUUAAGUUGGUAAUUCUAAUGAUAUAAAUUAUAGCUGGUUCAUUAUAGAAUCCACAAUAAAGUGGCUUAAAUGAUGUUUCUUAAAAUAGACAAGUCCCUUAUGGUUAAUAUUGAU